AUGGCUUCCAAACCUGUAGAAGAGAUCUUCAAGGACUAUAGCGCCCGAAGAAUCGCUAUUAUCCGUGCACUCACUCAUGAUGUUGAUAAACUUUACGGGCUCUGUGAUCCAGGAAAGGAGAAUUUGUGCCUCUAUGGACAUCCGAAUAAGGCUUGGGAAGUAACUCUGCCAUCAGAGGAAGUUCCACCAGAGCUCCCUGAGCCAACUCUUGGAAUCAAUUUUGCUAGGGAUGAUGUGAGUCGCAGGGAUUGGAUUUCUUUGGUUGCUGUGCAUAGUGAUUCGUGGUUGCUUUCUCUGGCCUUUUACCUUGGAAUUCGUCUUAACCACAAUGAAAGAAAACGCUUAUUUGGUUUGAUCAACAUUCUUCCCACCAUUUUUCAAGUUGUGACCGACAAUAAACCAAUUAAGGACAAUCCUACUAUGGAUAGUGGAAGCAAAUUUCGGGGAAACACCGAGCUUAAGGAGAGGCAGGUUAUAGACCGAAGGUAAUGGAAUGGAUUUAUUUGAGGCAAGUGUUAUUGUGUGGCAGACAAGAUCACAAGAUAUUGCAAUAUUGUUACAUCACUUAUAAAAUUUCAUGUAACGGCAUAGUAUUCAUGUUUAUCUGCAAAUUUCUUUGGGAUUAAGUUUGUUUUCACAAAGAUGAACC